CAUCGUCCACUCUACACAAGAGAAAGAAUUUUACAGAAUGGAAUACUCUGACAACAGUUUUGGGUUCAAUCCCAUAGCCCUAUUGAAGUUCGGCGAUGACGAAGAGUUAAACAUGGAUUUGACAGAAAUCCUCACCCCACGGGCUAAGACUUCUCUGGCCCGGCCAAAAUCCUUACCUCCCCCGGACAUGAAUGAUGAAGACUCUGGACUAGGGAUGGAUUUUGAUGAAAUGUUGGAAAAGACAGAAUUUUCGGUCCAUGACGAAACUCCAUGCCUCUCACGCACUCCAAAUAUCCUAAGACAGUCCUACAGUGUCCGAAGAUCUUUGUUCGAGAAAUCCAAGCGUCUCUUUGACGGAGAUGAUGACGGAUCCAUCACCAAGAAACCAAGACGAUCUCAGAAACCAACUACAUCAUCGUCACGUGUUCUCAGCAAGUCGCUGUCAUUUGGGGAUCAUCCUGCUGAAAAUGCAUGCCAUGACGUCAUUUCCGCUGUUGAGCGAUUAGUCGGGGAAGACAAUCUGACAGGAAAUGGCGAAACUACAUACAGUUUACCCACAAUUCCCGGCAAACACUCCGACCUUAAGAGCAUCACACCAGAAACUAUGUCUCAUGUUUUGGCGGGACGAUAUGAUGACGUCAUCAGUAGCUAUCGCAUCAUCGACUGUAGAUAUCCUUACGAGUAUGACGGCGGUCAUAUAAAGAAUGCCGAGAACCUUUUCACACAUGACCAAAUUAAGGAUCUUUUAAUGUCCCGCACAUGCACAGAGGGCGAAAGACAUAUCCUUAUAUUUCAUUGUGAAUUCUCUUCAGAAAGAGGUCCAAAAAUGUCCAGGUUCCUCCGAAGCAAAGACAGAGAGCUGAACAAUGACCGAUACCCAUUUUUGAACUUCCCGGAAGUGUAUCUGUUGCAUGAUGGGUACAAAGGUUUCUACGAGGCCCACAAGGAACUCUGUCAGCCAAUGAGUUACAAGCCCAUGCUUCAUGAAAACCAUACCAAUGAUUUACGUCACUUCCGCUCCAAGUCAAAAUCCUGGUGCGCAGGCUCAAAGAAGAGAAAAAGUCAGCGUAAAAUUCUUUGAAAGAAAAAAGACAACUAAUUGCAAAGCUAUUCCAUUUCAAGAUACAACAGUUAUAAAGAACUUCGACACAUAACUGCAUAUUUACUAAUAGUGCUAUUUUUUGUAAACAUAACACUUUGAUGUUUCUAGUGGCAAGACGGUUGGACGUCUAGUUCAAACUCAAGAGAACGUACAAAAUGUACUUGUAUCUUGUUAAAACGGUGAAAUUGUCCAAAU